CGUGCUCUGCAGCAAAGUUUUGGUGGUAAAUUGUGCUUGAAUAUUAUCAUUUUGGAGGAUGUUCCGGUUGUCCUGUCCUCCCUACACACAUACUUCCCCCAAAUCCGCCUUUGAGGAGGGGAGUAUGCGUCUCUAUACUGUUUUAGACCAUGGGAAGUUCAUGCGACGUGCUUGUUUCGGGCCUGAAAAUCCCACAAAAAUUUUAUUGAAAUAUCAUGCGCAGUACAUGCCUGUCAGAGCGCGCCUUACUUCACCAAUUAGGUACAUCUAAAUAGGUGCAUUUACCAGACAUAUAAGACUUAAGUUCCGCCUAACUUUCUAUCUUCAGAGUGUGUUUAAGCCUGCCACGUGUCCAUCGAAGUUACGGUUACUGCCGCGUCCGCCGUACACGCACGGACAGUUGGUGGCUCGUCCGUUACGCGCCCGCCGUGGCGACGAUGGCGGACGGCGCUGAGCCGGAGCGCAGCCCGCGCCUGUGGGUACGCUCCGAACCAUUCGUGUACGGCAUCCUGCCUGUGAACGCCACGCACAAGAUCUCCGUCAAGUACCUGCGUAAGAUUGUGCAGUACGCGCGUCACCGCGGCUCCGCCCACUUCCCACGACUCUACUACAGUCUGUGGAAGCACAUCGCCUGCAACAAGCUGCAGCUGACGGAGAGCCUGGCGCGGCUGUACUUCGACACGUUCGAGCUGCUGACGCCGCGGCUGCCGGACGAGCGGCUGCAGUGGGACGGCGAGUACGCGCGCUGCGAGGGUGCUGUCGAGCGCGACCAGUUCGCCGGUCAGCGACACGUCGACAUCCUGCAGUUCAUCGCUUACCUCUUCAUCCAGAACCUGAGCCACAGCGGCAAGAAGCAGCGGCUGGUGUCGGUGUCUUCACUCACGGCUGACGAGUGGCCGGCGGCGCGCGCCGAAUCGCCCGAGGCCGGCGACCGGCAGCACAAGCAGCUAGAGGAGCACCAGCACCUGUUGUUUGUGCAGACGCACCUCAGCGCGCUGGUCGACGUGCUGGGGGAGGGUGUGCCCCUGGGCCCGGCCGGCGGUGAUGUGAUGGUGUGCCGGACUGUGGUGGAAGCGCUCUCCUUCCUGAUCGACGUCGAUCAAGGCAUUGCAGCGUCUGCCGCGGAAGAACGGCCAGCCGUGACGCUGGCCACGGCCGCCUCCAACCCCGCCCGCACCAGCCAGACUGGGUACGUGGCUACAGCUGACGCCUUCCAGCAGUCGCGUUUGCUGCGCUGGAUCACGGCGUCCCUCGGGCCAAACCCUUACGGGGUCGCCGCCUGCGUGUCGUCAGGCCGCCGGCUGUCGUGGCCGAGCAGCGCGUCAGCCGACCGGCGCGCCGACCACAAGCGCGGCAAGAUGGCCACCAACGCGCACCUGGCGCCGCCCGCGGACAAGCUGAUCGUCACCUCGGCCAUCUACAAGGAGACGGUGGCGCGCAUGUCGCCGACGCUCUGUGGCGCGACGCUCAAGCUGCACCGCUGCCACCAGGCGUUCCUCUACUUCCUCAGCCCGCUGCGCAACGUGUCGAUCGACAAGUGCCAUGAGACGACUGUGGUGCUGGGGCCGGUGUUGGGCACAGUCCAGCUGACCGGCUGCCGCGGCGUGCGACUCGUUGUUGUCUGCCGCCGGCUGGUGGUCAGCGACAGCGUCGGCUGCACGCUCCACAUCACGACCCCGGUGCGACCUCUGAUCGCAGGAAAUCGCAACGACUCGCUGACGCUGGCACCGUACCACACGCACUACGGCCAGCUGGAGGAGCAGAUGCGCCAGUCAGGCCUGGGCGUGGUGCCCAACUUCUGGGACCAGCCGCUGUGCGUGGCCGUGGACGGUUCGCUGGAUGCGCCGCCCUGCUGGCGCCUGAUAGAGCCGGCCGCCUUCUUUCCGUUCCACACGCCGUUCGAGAUGGCGGGUGGCACGCACCGGCCACCAGGCAGCCUGCCGUACCGCUAUCAGCGCGCGCUGCAGGAGCGCCGCCAGUGCACCGACCAGUGGAACCGGCUCGUGGCCGACGCCAACCUCACGAAGGAGCAGGUGGCCAAGUUUCAGGAGCUGCUCCGCCGCCGUUUCGAGGUGUGGCUCAAGGAGACGGGCAAGCAGCGCGAGGUCAACAGCCUGGCCGCCUGCAAGGAACGUAUCAGUCGCUACGAGAAGUAUAAACAGCUGGCUGCCGGGAACGGAGCCCAGGAGCAGCCGGCCGACUCCUAGCCGCCGAGCACCGGCCUCUGAGCUGAGGAUUCUGAACUGACCGCUGGAGCCUGCUACGAGGACUGGAACGACGUCUGGGCACUGGACGCUGAGCUACGUGAGCCAAAAGAUUGGAGCCUGUGCUGAGUCCCGGGUCUAGAGCUAAAGGUUGGGAUGAGGACUGGGCCUUAUGUCGAAGAGUAGACCCUGAACUUAGCAGUGGACGCUGAGCAAAUUUUGUGGCCGCUGAGUUGAGGACUGGAUUAUGAGCUGAGGACUGAGGUUGAAGUUGGGGAUUGGUCGUGAGUUGAGGAACAAGUUCCUGGCUGAGUGCCCUAGCUGAAGACCAGAUGUUGAGGACUGGACUGAGAGCUGAGGAUUGAGGUUGAAGCUGGGGAUUGGUCGUGAGUUGAGGAACAAGUUCCCGGCUGAGUGCCCUAGCUGAAGACCAGAUGUUGAGGACUGGACUGAGAGCUUAAGAUUGAGGGUGAUGCUGGGGAUGGGUCGUGAGUUGAGGACCAGGCUCCCGACAGAGUCCUCUAGCUGAAGACCAGACGUUAAGCUGAGAAUCGCAGCUCGCCGCUGAUGACCCACAGAAUUGUGGGGGCACCGGGAGCAGACCAUCGGCUAGAAACUUCUAUUGUCUGCUUGGCUGCUUUACCUCUGUUUCUUUUUCUAUGUGACCGUUGAGUGAUGUUCAAAGCAUAUGUUGAGUUAUAAUCUGAUUCUUUGACUUACCACCUGAUAGCGGGAGCUGCAUAUCUGCCGUGUACUCUUGAUUCGGUACUGCUGAAGUGUACACGAAUUACGUGAGGUUUGACGGUCUGUGCAAGUCGGUAAUGCAUUUACUUCUCAGUGGUCUA